GCGAAAAUAACUUUACUUUCAAAAAAAUGGCAAAAAUCAAAAGUAAAUUAUUGUGUUUUACAAGUAUACAAAAACAUAUACUUAAAAAUUCAAGCUUAAGAAAUAAAUUUUGGACAGAUGAUAAAUACUCAACGCUCUACUGGAUAAGCGUAUUAAUUGGAUCUUUUGCGUUAUGUGUAUUUUUGUCGUACGAUAUAGUCUUGAAAUGGUAUGAUUCCCCAGUGAACAGAUUUAAUAUUAAUGAACCACGGCACAUAUCUGAAAAUCCAUUUCCUGCAAUAACAAUUUGUCACAACGAUCCAAUUAGUUCAAAUAAAAUGAACUUGGCCUCUGUACUGAAUUGGGAGCGACAAAACAAAACCGACGAAGAAUGGCAGACACUGAACGUAGUAUAUGAAAUGUGUCAUUGGAAACAUAAAAUCGUUAAACUAGAAAAUAUAGAUCCAAAAAUUGUCUAUAAAGUACUGAAAGAAUUUUCUACUAAAUGCGAAGACACUAUAAAACAAAUACGUUGGAAAGAUAAAAUCAUUGAUCGUCCUUGCGAAAUCAUGCAGCCUGUAUUUUUAUUAAAUAAUUUAUGUUUCAGUUUCAAUGCAUUACCAUAUCAUGAUAUGUAUAGACAAGUUCCAUACAAAUUACAGGAUGUACUUCAAACAGGUAAAAAAUGGUCAAAUUUAACGAGUAACUGGAAUUUGGAUGAUGGUUAUAGUGAUAAUUUAACAUCAAUACCAUGGAAUAUGAAAUCGACAUCAUUUUGGAAUACUGUCGAGUUUAUAUUGGCACAAAAAGAUGCAAAUUAUGGUUGUUCCAGUAAACAAGGAUUUACAGUUUAUUUUCAUAGUCCAUCAGACGUCCCAGAUUAUUCACAUUCUUCCUUAAAACUUUCAAAAAAUAGUCAUAGCUAUGUUCAAAUAAUAACUCAGUUAUCGUUGACAGACGAUGGCUUAAAAAGUUGGACACCUCAAAAACGAGGAUGUUAUUAUUUGAACGAGAAGUGGCUGAAGUACAACACAAAGUAUUCGUAUAUAAAUUGUUAUGUCGAAUGUCAGGUGAAUUAUACUAAGAGUUUGUGUGGUUGUACUCCAAUUUUCAGAAUGAGCAGUUCUUUUCCUGUGUGUGGACCCAAAUUACAACAUUGUCAAGCAAAUGCCGCAAUUCAAAUACAGAGAGCAUACCGUACAUGCAAAUGUUUGCCAUCUUGUACGGACAUUGAUUACGAAUUAUCUUAUUCGACGGUAUCUAAAAACUUCAGUUAUAUAAAAAAAUCAUUAAUGUUUUUGGACAACUUAACUGACAGCAAUGAUUUGGCCAGCAUUGAAGCCACAGUUAAUUUGGAACACACGUGGCCUUUGAGAAGAAACGCCGAAGAUACUAAUUUAGGAUACAUAGGUAAAAUUGCUGGGAUGACGAAUUUGUGCCGUGGAGUGAGCCUGAUUUCAGUAUUGGAAAAUUUUUAUUUCUUUUUUAUCAAUCCUUUUUUUCAAUGAAAAAAAAUAUUUUAUACAUAAUAACUAAUUAAUUCAUUCAUUCGAGUUAAUGGUUAU